AUUGGGUGGAAUUUCCCGGUUUCGUGGGUAGAUGGGAGAUGGAUGGUUUAUUCUUGUUUACCUCACUGACUUGUCUUUGGUGUGUGUCUGUUUUCUUGUUGACGUCUAAUCAUUUACCACUCGUACUCUGCAUGGACUGGCGCCAAUUGAUUUGGAAUUUUGACUAUACAAUGAAAAUAGGAUUAUCAAUAUCGAUUCCCUUCCUGACGACUACCAUGCUAUGGUCAAUGUUGCUUACUAUACCUACAAGACGGAAGUUAUUUAAAUCGAAGAGUUCAUUAUACUACACGGCAAGAAUACAUACAUCAUACCCCCGACCAUACAUACCACGGUCCGUCUAGUAUGGGCAAGAAAGGGAGAGAAGGUAAACGAACAAAGAACGAAACAAACUAUCAAUUGAGCAAGACGUGAACCGACCCCGGCCACUGUAUCCAUUAAUUGUAGGUUUAAACACCCAGACCCCAUAUAGAAAAGAACAACAAUCCAGC